UGCCGUAACCAGGCAGCGGGGUAGGUUGUGCUUUGUUUCCACGUCAGUGAGAGGAGCGGAGCAGAGCCGGUUUCUGCCGCCCCUCAGGCGCUCUUGAUUUCGGGCCCGGGGGCUUGUCGCAGGGUCGUUCCUGCCGCUGGAGCGGCUCCGGGCUAUGCGAAGACGUCCCCCGACGCUGCUUCAGUUGUCCUCCAACUCCGCCAUUUUGGAUGCCGGGUGGAUGGAGGGGUCUGUCAGGAUUGUGGAUAAGAACAUUUAUAUUGUACAAGGCGAAAUCAAUACAGUAGCUGGAGCCAUAAAAAGAAGUGCAAGAUGGAGUACCCAUACACAUUUGGAUGAAGAACGUGAUCCCCUGUUGCACAGCUUCAGUGUCUUGAAAGAAGUUCUGAAUAAUGUAACUGAACUUUCAGCAGUUGAGCCUAUUGUCUUCCUUCGCCCUUUUCUGGAAGUUAUCCGAUCAGAAGAUACUACAGGCCCCAUCACUGGAUUGGCCCUGACAUCAGUAAAUAAAUUCCUUUCAUAUGCACUAAUAGAUUCUAGCCAUGAGGGCACAGCUGAAGGAAUGGAGAACAUGGCAGAUGCUGUCACACAUGCCCGAUUUGUGGGAACAGAUCCGGCAAGUGAUGAGGUUGUCCUGAUGAAGAUCUUACAGGUCCUGAGGACUCUCCUCCUCACUCCUGUUGGAGCUCAUCUCACCAAUGAGUCAGUGUGUGAAAUCAUGCAGUCUUGCUUCCGUAUAUGCUUUGAGAUGAGGCUUAGUGAGUUAUUGAGAAAAUCUGCAGAGCACACUUUGGUCGACAUGGUGCAGCUGCUCUUCACAAGAUUACCUCAGUUUAAAGAAGAGCCUAAAAGCUAUGUGGGGACUAACAUAAAGAAGUUGAAAAUGAGAGCAGGGGGAAUGAGCGACCCUACAAAAUGGAAAAAGCAGAAAAGAUCACCAAGGAACUCUUGCCAUGUAACCAAAGUCUCUUCAGAAACAGAACAUUCUACUGUCAGUGGUACAGGUGGAGUUAGCUUCAUUGAUGUACCUUCUCCUGUCUCACCUGGAAGCUCAGAAAAUGCAUCCUCUAUAGUCAGUCCUGCUACUGACAGUGGUUUUGAGAUUUCCUCCCAGAUUAGCUCAAAGGAAGAUCUUACAGAUUUGCCACUGGGCAGUCCUUUGGAAAUCAGUGCAGCAGUGACUUUAACUGAGUCUAGAACCCGAGAGCAGCCAGAGUCUCAGAGUGAAUCUCCCCAGGAAGAAAAGACUCCAUCUGCCUCAGUGGAGUCCAUCCCAGAGGUUCUUGAGGAGUGCCCAUCUAUAGCUGAACACUCAGACUCUGCUUCCGUUCAUGACAUGGACUAUGUCAAUCCUCGGGGAGUACGAUUUACUCAGAGCUCUCAAAAGGAAGGAACAGCAUUAGUUCCAUAUGGGUUGCCCUGUAUCCGGGAAUUACUCCGCUUCCUCAUCUCCCUCACUAAUCCACAUGACCGCCACAAUUCUGAAGUGAUGAUUCACAUGGGGCUACAGCUGCUUACUGUUGCCUUGGAGUUGGCUUCUGUUGCAAACUUUCCAUCUCUUCUGGGACUUGUGAAAGAAGAAUUGUGUCGGUAUCUCUUUCAAUUACUGAGUGUGGAGCGUCUCAGUUUGUAUUCAACUUCCCUUAGGGUUUGCUUCCUUCUUUUUGAGAGUAUGAGAGAGCACCUGAAAUUCCAACUGGAGAUGUAUAUAAAGAAGCUGAUGGAGAUAAUCACUGUGGAAAACCCUAAGAUGCCCUAUGAGAUGAAGGAAAUGGCCCUGGAGGCCAUAGUUCAGCUCUGGAGGAUUCCUAGCUUUGUCACUGAGCUCUAUAUCAACUAUGACUGUGAUUAUUACUGUGCUAACCUGUUUGAAGACCUCACCAAGCUGCUCUCCAAGAAUGCCUUUCCUGUUUCUGGACAACUCUACACUACUCACCUGCUGUCCCUUGAAGCGUUGCUGACAGUGAUAGACAGAACUGAAGCACAGUGUCAAGCCAAAGUGCUCAGCAACAUCUACCAGCAGGAGAAAGAAGCACUAAAGCUAAACUCAGAAGUUGCCUGUAGUAUCAGAGAAACAAGCCACAUUGCUGAGGGGCUGCUGACAGAAAGCAAGUCUUCCACUACUGGAUUGACAGAGGCAUGUCCACCCACUACUGUCUGCUUAGUGGCCAACCACCUGAAGCAGCAAGAUGGUAUGGAAGUGGGGAAUGAUGCAGCAGAAAAGAACAUCCCAAAGAAGCCAACUCGCUUUUCCUGCCUUCUACCCACAACACAAGAAUUGAUAAUGAUUAAAAAUAAAAAAAAGCUCUUGAUAAGUGGCUCAGAGCUGUUCAAUCAAAAGCCAAAGAAAGGGAUACAGUUUCUUCAAGAGAAGAAUCUGCUGUCUACUCCCAUGGAUAAUAAUGAAGUUGCAAAAUGGCUGCGGGAAAAUCCUAGACUGGACAAGAAAAUGAUUGGGGAAUUUGUAAGUGACCGGAAGAAUGUAGACUUGCUUGAAAGUUUUGUCAGGACAUUCAGUUUCCAUGGCUUACGAUUAGAUGAAGCCCUGCGACUCUAUCUUGAAGCAUUCCGGCUGCCAGGAGAGGCCCCUGUGAUCCACAGGCUGUUGGAAGUCUUUACAGAACAUUGGCGUAAAUCAAAUGGAUCUCCAUUUGCUAACAGCGAUGCUUGUUUUGCUCUGGCCUAUGCAGUUAUCAUGCUGAAUACUGACCAGCAUAAUCAUAAUGUUCGCAAACAAAAUGUACCCAUGACUUUAGAGGAAUUCCGAAAAAACUUGAAAGGUGUAAAUGGAGGCAAAGACUUUGAACAGGACAUGUUGGAGGAUAUGUACCAUGCCAUCAAAAAUGAAGAGAUUGUGAUGCCAGAUGAGCAGACAGGCCUAGUAAAGGAAAACUAUGUAUGGAGUGUGCUAUUGCAUCGCGGGGCCACUGAUGAAGGAAUCUUUCUGCAUGUCCCACCUGGAAGCUAUGACCAUGACCUUUUUGCCAUGAUCUGGGGCCCCACUGUUGCUGCCUUAUCCUAUGUUUUUGACAAGAGCCUGGAUGAAACAAUAAUCCAGAAGGCUAUCUCUGGUUUCAGAAAAUGUGCCAUGAUUUCUGCCCAUUAUGGCCUCAGUGAUGUUUUUGAUAACCUCAUAAUUUCUCUCUGCAAGUUCACAGCCCUCAGCAGUGAGUCCAUUGAGAACCUGCCUACAGUUUUUGGAAGCAACCCUAAAGCUCACAUUGCAGCAAAGACAGUGUUCCACUUGGCUCACCGCCAUGGUGAUAUUUUACGGGAGGGCUGGAAAAACAUCAUGGAGGCGAUGCUACAGCUUUUCAGAGCAGAACUGUUGCCAAAAACUAUGGUGGAGGUUGAAGAUUUUGUAGAUCCCAAUGGCAAGAUUUUUCUGCAGCGUGAGGAGACACCUUCUAGUCGUGGUGAGUCUGCAGUGCUAAGUUUUGUUAGUUGGCUGACACUGAGUGGCACAGAGCAGUCUGGUAUGAGGGGGCCAUCGACAGAGAACCAAGAGGCAAAGAGAGUGGCGCUAGAGUGCAUAAAGGAAUGUGACCCAGAGAAGUUAAUCACUGAAAGCAAGUUUUUGCAAUUGGAGUCCCUACAGGAACUAAUGAAGGCUCUCAUUUCUGUGACUCCUGAUGAGGAGACAUAUGACGAGGAAGAUUGUGCAUUCUGUUUGGAGAUGCUUCUGAGGAUUGUGCUGGAGAACAGGGACCGUGUAACCUUUGUGUGGCAGGCAGUGAGAGAUCACCUCUACCACUUGUGUGUUAAUGGCACUGAAUAUUGCUUCCUAAUGGAGAGGGCAGUGGUGGGGCUGUUGCGUCUAGCAAUCCGCCUGCUAAGAAGGGAAGAAAUCAGUGCCCAGGUGUUGCUCUCUCUGCGUAUUCUGCUCAUGAUGAAACCUGGCAUGCUGAAUAAGGCCAGUCACCAGAUUGCAUAUGGACUACAUGAGCUUCUCAAGACCAAUGCUGCCAACAUCCAUUCUGGCGAUGACUGGUACACACUCUUUACCCUCCUGGAAUGCAUUGGCUCAGGGGUGAGACCACCCCCAGCACUUCAGGGUACAGCAAGAGCAGAGAAUGACACAGGGGCUCAGUCAGACAGUGAGAUAUCCUGUCACCCAAAUGAAGCCAGCUUAGAUCGUGGCUAUACCUCUGAUUCAGAGGUAUAUGCGGAUCAUAGCAAGCAAGGCAAAAUGCAUCGUUCUGUCACUGACGUGGAUGUAGUAAACAGCGGCUGGCUUGUGGUUGGAAAGGAUGACCUUGACAAUCCAAAGACCAUGACUGGACUGCCCAGACUUGGCAGUUCUCCCCUGGUGAAUCAGUAUAGUCUGACUGUGGGGAUGGACCUGGGGCCACACAAUACCAAAUCUCUCAUGAAGUGUGUGGAGUCCUUGUCUUUCAUUGUACGAGAUGCUGCCCAUGUCACACCUGAGAACUUUGAGCUCUGUGUCAAAACUAUCCGCAUCUUUGUAGAGGCCAGUUUAAACGGAGGGUGCAAGUCCCAGGAGAAGCGGGGAAAGAGCCAUAAGUAUGACCCCAAAUCAACUCGUUUCAAGAAGAAAGCAAAGGAGAACUCUCAUAGGCAUUCGAGGGUGUCCAGCCAACACCAGCACCGCUCCCCCGAUGAGGAUGAGGAUGAGGAUGAGAGUGUCCCUGCCAGUUAUCACACUGUGUCUUUACAGGUUAGUCAGGACCUGCUGGAUCUAAUGCAUACUCUUCAUACACGAGCUGCUACCAUUUAUAAUUCUUGGGCAGAGGAACAGCACCAUCUAGAGGCUGAAGAGAAUAAAAUUGAAGCAGAUUCUCGGACCUUAUGGGCCAACUGCUGGUGCCCACUGCUGCAAGGUAUUGCCUGCUUGUGUUGUGAUGCACGGCGACAGGUGCGGAUGCAAGCCCUGACCUACCUGCAGCGGGCUCUCCUUGUGCAUGACCUGCAAGCUCUUGAUGCCUUGGAGUGGGAAUCCUGUUUCAAUAAGGUACUGUUUCCUUUGCUGACCAAACUCCUGGAAAAUAUCAGCCCAGCAGAUGUUGGUGGGAUGGAAGAGACCAGAAUGAGAGCCUCAACUCUUCUCUCCAAGGUUUUCCUGCAGCACUUGUCUCCGUUACUCUCCCUCCCAACAUUUGCUGCUUUGUGGCUGACAAUUCUGGAUUUCAUGGACAAAUACAUGCAUUCUGGCUCCAGUGACCUGUUGCCAGAGGCCAUCCCUGAAUCACUGAAAAAUAUGCUGCUAGUAAUGGACACAGCUGGAAUAUUCCACAGUGCUGACUCUCGAACAGGCUAUUCAGAUCUCUGGGAAAUCACCUGGGAGCGCAUAGAUUGCUUUUUGCCAAAACUGCGUGAUGAGCUCUUCAAACAAACAGUCAUCCAAGAUCCAGUUUCUAACUUGCCAGCAGAGAUGCAUCCUCCAAAACCAACAGUAUCUGCUGUGCCACAUUCAUCUGGAGGGGAUGCAAAGCCAUCCAGUCAUUCAGCACCCUCUGAGAAAUCUCAUGAGCUGGCAGCACCAGACUCUGAGAGUGCCACAGGGUCUGGGCCAAGCUCCUCCCAUCUCUCUGGACCACAGUUUCUCCCUCCAGCAGCACCUGUGAAAGUGAGCACAGGAAAAGAUGCACCUCCAACAAUGGCACAGCAGCCUCUUAUUCUUCAGCCAUUGGCCUCCCCAUUACAGGUGGGAGUGCCACCCAUGACUCUGCCUAUUAUUCUCAAUCCAGCCCUCAUAGAGGCCACCUCCCCUGUGCCACUCCUAGCCUCCCAACGGCCAACUGAUUCCAUGACAACUUCUGAAGUCAAUUGAAGAGAGGAGUAAAAAAAAAAAGAACAUAUGGCUGUAGGGGUGAUGAUGGUAAAAGAUUUUGGCCUGCACUAUCUGGUAGAAGCCAUGUUUGUAAGGGGAGACCAACAGCCCCCUUUUCACAGCGGCUCUUCUCCUCAGUGGAUCUAAGGCUAAAAUCAUCCUCCCAGGUUAUCUGUUCUAGAGCUGCUGGCUCCUUUGGCAGAGGGAAUCUAUGUGUGAUGGCCAGUUAAUCUUCUCUUUAAAGGGUGGUAGCCAGUCUUUCAGCAUAGACCUUCUGCUGUCUAUGAUCCACAGAAGCUACCUGCAGCAAAGAGCAAAAGAGCCAGAUCACUUCAGAUAUCAAGCCAAGGAGCUCCAGUAUGGGUAUACUGCUUUGCUUUUUGUAAGUGUUCUCUGGCACUGGCUCAGAACAUAGCUUUUCCUAAGGCCACACAUCAACUCUUCUGGGCUUCAGGCUGGAUACUUUCAUGUUACCGGCAGGCCUUCUGGGAGGAGCUGGAAUCAAAAUCAAAGAAUGUGGGAAAGGCUUGGAGCAGCACAGUAUCGCUCUGUGAGUGCUUUAGUGAGCAAUACCAUCUUGGCCACCUUCUGCAUUGGAUGUUCUGCUCCUGUCACUUAGUCCUGUUGGAUUGGGCUCCAAGCAUUAUAAACUUGUGCUUGUUGGCUCCUAGUGAGAUAGUGGGAGUAAGGUAAAUAGUGCCUGAUGGGGUGAAAGGUUUCUGGAUUUAGGUAGGGAGUUGCCUCUGCUGUGUAUACUAUAGCUGUUUGGGGAAUGGGCUGCUAAAUUUUCUUUACAGUCCUUGCUAGCAGUCUCUCACAUUAGAAGACUGUCAUUCCAAUUCAGCAGAACUAGCCUCCUAGCAAAAACAAAACAAAACAAAACAGAGAGUAAAUGUAGUGCUUCCUUCCUCUUAUGCAUUAGGCUAAUUUUCUCCACGUUUAUUGCAGAAUCCCAUUUGGAACUGAAGCCAGUGUCUACUGUGUGUGUGUAUAUAUACAUACAUGUAUAUAUAUAUAUGGGGUCAGUUGACUUUUUACAGUGGAAUAAAUAUGACUUGUAAAUGAAGUAUUUGGCUUAGGAAUUCCUUUGCCCAUAAUAUGUACCUCUGUCCUUUUGAUUGUGGAUAUAUUUUGGCCAUUAGAAGUGGGAAUAAGAUAUUUCUUGGUCCAUUUGCCACUUGCAAAGUGACUAACCAAAAGCCCCUGCCUUUCUUGUAGCAUGUGAGAUUCAGUAGGAAAGAAUGGGAAAGACCACUAGUUGAGAAUUUCCAUCUUGGAAUGAUGGAGGGAAGGGUUAAGCUCAUGCUCGCAUGCAUGCACACGCAUGUGCACAGACACACGUUUUAUCUGCCUCAAAGAGCACCUUUCAGAAAUGACUUUUUCCUUGAAACAACUGCUAUUUAAAUAUAAAUACAGUAUUGGUACAUAAUAAACAGUUAUGUCUUAAACCUGAGAUGUUACAGAAAAAGGCAAACAUUGGACAUGAAUUGGUGUAUUUCUUUAGUCACUCUGGACAGCAAAUAAAUUCUACACAUACAACAAAAUUGGGAUUGAAGUGAUUGUCAGUCUGAGGUGGUAGAAUAAAAGGAUUGUAACCACUUCA